AUUAAAAAGAUGGCUGAAAUGAUGGACGCUAAGUUAAAAAAGGAUAAAAUAAGGCGGCGGGAAAAACCUAAUAAGAAAUGGACAGAAGAAGAAGUGGGACAAGUUCUUAACUAUUUGCAGGAGCAUCCGUCGUUUGAAAUGCCUUCUGCACAAAUUUUUUACAAAAAAUUACUAUUAGAAACAGGAAUCGCAGCAGAUUGGAAUUUAGUUCGGUGGAAAGUACGCAACAUGCGCACCGCAUACAACAAAGCAGAGCAGUGGAGAAAUGGGACAGGCGCCGGCCUGUUAGAGGAACAAGGUAUCGAAAGUAUUGAUCAAAAACUGAGCAAGAUGUGUCCACAUUAUAAGCGAUUGCAGAGCAUAUUUUUUAAGAGCAAAUCGGCAGACUCGACACAGUACGUGUUCCAGUCCGAAGAUGGUACAACUAAUCAUGGUGAAUGUGAAAUUAUUCAGCAGAGCGAAUAUGACAGUGGUAGUAUGUUCGUUGACGAAAUUGCGACAACGACUGAAAGCGAACAUGAUUAUGUAUUUUAUACGUUGCCGAAUGAUAUCGAAAUUGCAACACCAGUUUCUUCUAAACGAGCUCAAAAUAUAAAUGACAACAAGGCAGUAGAAUUCGCUGAAAAGAUGAGGAAAUCGGCACCGAAAACAGCAAUUAGCAAAUUAUCUGCACUACAAUCGGAAAGAAAUGAGCUACAAAUGCAACGCUUAGAAUUAGAAAAGGAGAAACACAGAAACUACAUGGAAAGGGAGGAAAAACGGAUAAGUAUAGAAAAGGAAAAGUUUGUUUUGGAAAAAGAAAGACACGAGAAGAUGUUUGAGCUGGAAAAAGAAAAAUUUGCCAUAGAAAAAGAGAACAAUAAAGAUAAAUUAAAAAUUUUGACUAUGGAGCUGGAGAUGAAGGAGCGGCUAGCACGUUUUGAGUUAGAACUAAAACAGAAGCUAAGUUUUUUUUAGAAAACAGAAACCAAAAAUUACACAUUUUCCUUUAUUUAUUUAUGGAACAACAAUCUAUUGUUAUAUGAAAGAGUGCCUCAUUAAACUUUUUGUUUAUUAAAUUUAUUUUUAACUUAAAAAACUUGUACUGUUACUAGUCAUGUGGUAUAAACCUCGUCUUUUCAUUUCGAUUUCCUGUCGGGUAUUAGUUUGGAAUUCUUCUUCUGGUUGGUUU